AUGGGCGUCGCGGAGGACGCGCUCAAAGAGAAACUGCUGUGGAACGUGAAAAAGGAGGUGAAGCAAAUCAUGGAGGAGUCUGUCACCAGGAAGUUUGUGCAUGAAGAUAGCAGCCACAUCAUCGCUCUGUGUGGUGCGGUGGAGGCUUGCCUCCUGCAUCAGCUGAGACGCCGUGCCGCCGGCUUCCUGCGCAGCGACAAGGUGGCAGCUCUGUUCACCAAGGUGGGGAAGACGUGCCCAGUGGCUGGGGAGAUUUGCCACAAGGUCCAGGAGCUGCAGCAACAAGUAGAGGGCAGGAAACCCUUGGUGGGUAGCCAGGAGGCCCUGCGGAGACAGAGCUCCACCAGUGGGAAGGCCCCCGCCCUCAGCCCGCAGGCCUUGAAACACAUAUGGGUCCGCACAGCGCUCAUCGAGAAGGUGCUGGACAGGGUGGUGCAGUACCUGGUGGAGAACUGCAGCAAGUACUACGAGAAGGAGGCAUUACUGGCAGACCCCGUGUUUGGCCCCAUCUUGGCCUCUCUUCUAGUGGGACCCUGUGCUUUGGAGUAUACCAAGCUCAAGACAGCCGAUCACUACUGGACCGACCCUUCUGCUGAUGAGCUGGUCCAGAGGCACCGUAUCCGGGGUCCCCCUAAUCGCCAGGACUCCCCAGCAAAACGCCCAGCCCUAGGAAUCCGGAAGCGGCACUCGAGCGGCAGCACGUUGGAGGACAAGCUCGCUGCCUGCGCCCGAGAGUACGUGGAAUCCCUGCACCAGAACUCCAGGAUGCGGCUGCUCUAUGGCAAGAACAACGUGCUGGUGCAGCCGAAGGAGGACAUGGAGGCUGUCCCCGGCUACCUCUCCCUGCACCAGUCUGCAGAGAGCCUAACUCUGAAGUGGACUCCCAACCAGCUCAUGAAUGGGACUCUGGGGGACUCCGAGCUGGAAAAGAGCGUUUACUGGGACUAUGCCCUGGUUGUGCCCUUCAGUCAGAUUGUCUGCAUCCACUGCCACCAGCAAAAGAACAGUGGCACACUGGUCCUGGUGAGCCAGGAUGGCAUCCAGAAGCCACCGCUGCACUUCCCGCAGGGGGGACACCUACUCUCCUUUCUGUCCUGCCUGGAGAAUGGUCUUCUGCCUCGGGGACAGCUGGAGCCUCCACUCUGGACCCAGCAGGGGAAGGGGAAGGUGUUCCCCAAGCUGCGGAAACGUGGCAGCGCGCGGUCCGUAGAUGUGGACGAGAUGGGCACAGGCUGGGCCACAGACUACGUGUUCCGGAUCAUUUACCCUGGCCACAGGCACGAGCACAAUGCUGGUGACAUGAUCGAGAUGCAGGGCUUUGGGCCCAGCCUGCCAGCCUGGCACCUAGAUCCCAUGUGUAGCCAGGCCUCCUCCUGCUUCUCCUGCUCCUCCAGUAGCUCCCCAUAUGCAACUCCCAACCUCUGCAGCUGUGUCCCCGACCGGUUGCCCCUCAGGCUACUGUGUGAGAGCAUGAAGAGGCAGAUCGUGUCCCGGGCCUUCUACGGCUGGCUGGCAUACUGCCGCCACCUGUCCACAGUGCGGACCCACCUGUCAGCGCUGGUGCAUCACAACAUCAUCCCGCCCGCCCGCCCCCCAGGGGCCUCAGGGGGCCUCACCAAGGACGUGUGGAGCAAGUACCAGAAGGAUGAGAAGAACUACAAGGAGCUGGAGCUGCUGCGGCAGGUUUACUACGGAGGCGUGGAGCACGAGAUCCGCAAGGACGUCUGGCCCUUUCUGCUUGGCCACUACAAGUUUGGCACGAGCAAGAAGGAGAUGGAGCAGGUGGACGCAGUGGUGGCAGCGAGGUACCAGCGGGUGUUGGCGGAGUGGAAGGCCUGCGAGGUGGUGGUGAGGCAGCGGGAGCGGGAGGCGCACCCAGCCACACUCACCAAGUUCUCCUCGGGCAGCAGCAUCGACAGCCACGUGCAGCGCCUCAUCCACCGGGACUCCACCAUUAGCAAUGACGUGUUUAUCUCCGUGGAUGACCUGGAGCCCCCGAAGCCCCCAGGCACUGAGGAUCGCAGACCAGAGCCCGAGGAGGCGCCGGGAGCAGGGCCCAUGGGCACCGCCGUGGUGGAGCAGCAGCAGUCAGUGGAGUUUGACUCUCCAGAUUCAGGACUGCCUUCCUCUCGCAAUUAUUCCGUGGCCUCAGGCAUCCAGUCGAGCAUAGAUGAGGGGCCGAGUGUGGGCUUUGAGGAGGACUGCGGUGGGGAGGAAGGCUCCGACAGGCCGGAACCUGCAGUCCACGCUUUCUCCGAGCCCCAAGAUCCCAGCCAGGAGGAGGCUUCUCGGGCCAGCGAGCUGGAGGCAGGAGAGGAGCUUGCGGCCGUGUGUGCUGCCGCCUACACUAUAGAACUAUUGGACACCGUGGCCUUAAAUCUGCACCGCAUAGACAAAGACGUGCAGCGAUGUGACCGCAACCACUGGUACUUCACCCCCCCCAACCUCGAGAGGCUCAGAGACAUCAUGUGCAGCUACGUGUGGGAACACCUGGACGUGGGCUACGUGCAGGGCAUGUGUGAUCUGCUGGCGCCGCUCCUCGUCAUCCUCGAUAAUGAUCAGCUGACCUACAGCUGUUUCAGCCACCUCAUGAAGAGGAUGAGCCAGAACUUCCCCAAUGGGGGCGCCAUGGACACCCACUUUGCUAACAUGCGUUCCCUCAUCCAGAUCCUGGACUCAGAGCUGUUUGAACUGAUGCAUCAGAAUGGAGAUUACACCCAUUUCUAUUUCUGUUACCGCUGGUUCCUGCUGGAUUUUAAGAGAGAGCUGCUAUACGAGGAUGUGUUUGCUGUGUGGGAGGUGAUCUGGGCGGCCCAGCACAUCUCGUCAGAGCACUUUGUCCUAUUCAUUGCCCUGGCCCUGGUAGAGGCCUACCGUGAGAUUAUCCGUGACAACAACAUGGACUUCACCGACAUCAUCAAGUUCUUCAAUGAACGAGCUGAGCAUCACGAUGCCCAGGAGAUCCUGCGGAUUGCCCGGGACCUCGUCCACAAGGUGCAGAUGCUCAUAGAGAACAAGUGA